ACGCCACUACAUAGUUUAGCCGUCUUCACGGACCGGCGCUCAAGUCCGUUAGCUAGGCCGGAAGUGGAGACCCAAGCGCCCUACCCGCAGAGCCGGAAGUGCGAUCGGGAGGUGCAAACUGGCCGGAAGCCGAGCUCCGGACACGCCCACCUGCCGGAAGCGCCCGAGGAGGAGGUGUAGCUCCGACAGGGUUGCACCUUGACAGGAUCGCUGCGUAGGCCGUCGGAGGGGCGGUGUGGUCAGCGCGGCGGAGGCUGAAGGCCGGAGUCGGCAUGGCGGAGGGCGGGAGCCCCGAAGGGAGGGCUGGCCCGGGACCCGCAGGUCCUAAUCUGAAGGAGUGGCUGAGGGAGCAGUUCUGUGACCAUCCACUAGAGCACUGUGAGGAUACAAGACUCCAUGAUGCAGCCUAUGUGGGGGACCUCCAGACUCUCAGGAACCUAUUGCAAGAAGAGAGCUACCGGAGCCGCAUCAAUGAGAAGUCUGUCUGGUGCUGUGGCUGGCUCCCCUGUACACCACUGAGAAUUGCAGCCACUGCAGGCCAUGGGAACUGUGUGGACUUUCUCAUACGCAAAGGGGCCGAGGUGGACCUCGUGGAUGUCAAGGGCCAGACUGCCCUGUAUGUGGCUGUAGUGAAUGGGCACCUGGAGAGCACCGAGAUCCUUUUGGAAGCUGGUGCUGACCCCAACGGCAGCCGGCACCACCGCAGCACUCCUGUCUACCAUGCCUCUCGAGUGGGUAGGGAUGACAUCCUGAAGGCUCUUAUCAGGUAUGGGGCAGAUGUUGAUGUCAACCAUCACCUGACUCCUGACACCCGGCCCCCUUUCUCAAGGCGGCUUACCUCCUUAGUGGUCUGCCCUCUGUACAUCAGUGCCGCCUACCAUAACCUUCAGUGCUUCCGGCUCCUCCUGCAGGCUGGGGCAAAUCCUGACUUCAAUUGCAGUGGCCCUGUCAACACACAGGAAUUCUACAGGGGCUCCCCUGGGUGUGUCAUGGAUGCUGUCCUGCGCCAUGGCUGUGAGGCGGCCUUCGUGAGUCUGCUGGUAGAGUUUGGAGCCGACCUGAACCUGGUGAAGUGGGGGUCACUGGGCCCAGAGGCAAGAGGCAGAAGGAAGAUGGACCCUGAGGCUCUGCAAGUCUUCAAAGAGGCCAGAAGUGUCCCCAGGACCUUGCUGAGUCUGUGCCGGGUGGCUGUGAGAAGAACUCUGGGCAAACACCGACUGCAUCUGCUUCCCUCGCUGCCGCUGCCGGACCCUAUAAAGAAGUUUCUGCUUUAUGAGUAGGAUUCAGAUGCAGUGUUAGCUGCAGUGAGGACGCCGAUCAUCUGCGGUGGAGGUUGACACAGACUCCUGCAUCCUGUGAACUGGGUCCUGCGCUGCCAGCUUGUUCCCUGGCUGUGAAGAAGAAACGUUGGAUUGUGGUUCCGUCUCAGGUGCUUGGGCCAUGGAACACCCCUUGAGCCAUCGUCAACAGAGAGGCACAUACAAACUUGAUUUUGUUCUUCCAUAUCUCUCUUUGGGGUUUGUACUGAUAUAUGUUAAUGAAAUGGGUGCAGUAUGGGGUGAGCUUGCAAGCCUCAUGGUAGCCCUAGUGGGGAAAACUUGUAUUUUUCAGAGUUAUGCUUCUAUUUAUGUUCCUACUUUGCAAUUUAAUUGUUGUUUUAAGGUUUGUUAUCCAAACAAGAAGAGAGCUGUGGUAAGAAAACAUGUAGGGAGCAGAGAUGCAGUUCCUGCACUUGCUAGUCUGUUUGCCUGCCCGCGUUUGUCUGUCUGUGCUGUCAGAUGCAUAGCCCUUCUUGCCGCUGCCACACCCUCUCAGUAGUGUCUUCCCUCCAAGAUACUUUCUUGGCUGCAUACACUGCCUCCUCGGAGGUCCCAGCACAGCCUCUGCAGUGUAGCACCUGUCCUGGCAAGGGUUUUCUGAUGGAUGACUCACCCUGGGGAUCUUCAGACAGUGAUUACCUUUAGGAGGCCCACCUGGAACUAGCUGGGAAGCGACUGCCAGGGAUCAUCCCAAUAGCACUCACUGCCAGUCCUCACAGGAUAAGAUGACACUGGGGUGCUCCAUACAGACCCUCCCAUACAGAAAGUGGGAACAGUAUCGGCCACCUGGGUGGCUCCAGGCUCCAGCUGCUUGGUGUCCACCAGGCUGUUUCUCCCUUUUUCUGGUCCAGUGCCUUUGUGGGCACUCCUAGAGAUCUUUCCCCAUCUCGCCCAGGGUUGUUGGUAAGUGAGAGAGAUAGAGCUUGUUUCGAGUGUGAGGGUCAUGUGCAGGUGGGUCAGGAACUAUGCAUUACCUUGAGCAUCCUCAGGUUGUUCCUGUUUGGUAAAAUUAUAUUUUGUCAUUUUGAGCCUCUUAGGACUAUUAUAUGGUUCUGUGCUGAUUGUAGACUUGAGAGUGUUUAGGCUCAAGCAGAUGUUAAAUCCCCAGACUUCCCCCAGCUGUUCUGUAGAUGGUCCAGGCCACAGCUCUUCACUGGGCCAUGAGUAGCUUCCCCUGUGCUGCUUUUCAGAAUCUCAGCACUGUGAGGUUCUGCUGCUGGCGAACCUGAAUGUGAAACAGCAUUGGCGGACGUUCUUCCUUGUUUCCAGUAGCACUGUGAAAGCAUGGUGUUUGGUUGUUAUCAAGGAUGAGGGACAGGGUAGGAAAGAGCAGCACUGUUGCCGUGAGCAGUUCCGGUUCAUGAGAGGCACCAUGGGAAGUUGAUGUGGCCUUGGUGAGGACUGCCGCUUUACUUGGCAGACUUGAGCUCUGGGUACCUGUGUCCUCCCUAGCGUGCAAAUGUGGCAGACCUGAAGAAACUGCUGCCUUCUGGCUGAGCCGGCCCUGGCAGAGGAGCUCAGUGGCCCAGAGGGAAGGAGCUGAAGGCUGUCUGUCCCUGCUCAUCGAGGGGUGUCUGUGUGAUGGUUGCUAUUCCUGGGGCGGCCUUGUGAUGUAAACAGAGGCUUGUGCCUCAAGUUGGCCAGGCAGGCUGGAGUUUAGCUAGUGUUGAUGCCUCAGAAUUUGGUGUGCUUUUAGACAUAUUUCCAGAACUCUACCAUUGUCAUACAUUUUGUUAAAUUAUAUUUUACUUGUGAUAUUUGUCUGUCUGUCUAUCUGUCUUU